AUGCCUGCCGAGGAGUCCAAGCCCCUCGACCCUGCCGUCAAGCAGGCCGAGGACGCCGUCGCCGAGGCGGAGAACAAGGGCAAGGGCAAGGAGCCCGAGGUCGAGUCGGAGGAGGAGGACGAUGCGCCCGAGGAGGCCGGCGCUCCUGCCUCCGGCGGCGCCAAGAAGAAGAAGAAGAAGUCCAAGAGAAAGAAGGUCAAGGAAGCUCUGACCGGCAAGCCCAGCGACCCCGAGCAGCAGAUCCGCGAUGCGAUCGGCGGGCUCACGCCCCAGCAGCUCACCGAGCUCCUGGCGCUGAACCCCGCCCUCGCGAACGAGAUUGGCGCCAGCGGCUCCGGCAACCAGUCGGCGGAGCAGACGGCCAACGCGCUCAAGCAGCUUAACCUGCAGGACAUCAUGACCGGCCUGGCCUCGGCUGGCAAGAACGCGAAGGACAUGGCGAGCUACAAGUUCUGGGCCACGCAGCCCGUGCCCAAGUUCGGCGACGGCGACAAGAAGAUCGAGGAGGGCCCGAUUCGCGUCCAGAAGGUCGAGGACGUCCCCAAGGAGCCGGCGCCGAUGGUCAGCGGCUUUGAGUGGGUGACAAUGAACCUUGAGGACGAGGGCGAGAUGAAGGAGGUGUACGAGCUGCUGAACGGACACUAUGUCGAGGACGACGAGGCCAUGUUCCGUUUCAACUACUCUCCUGCCAUGCUGCAGUGGGCCCUGAUGGCUCCUGGCUGGCGCAAGGAGUGGCACGUUGGUGUGCGCGCUUCUCAGUCCCGCAAGUUGGUCGCCUUUAUCUCAGCCAUCCCCGUUAACCUGCGCGUGCGCAAGAACGUCAUCACCUGCUCCGAGGUCAACUUCAUGGUUGUCCACAAGAAGCUCCGCGGCAAGCGUCUGGCGCCUGUCUUGAUUAAGGAGAUUACCCGCCGCAGCAACCUGCGCGAGAUCUGGCAGGGUCUGUACACUGGUGGUGUCGUUCUGCCCAAGCCCGUCAGCACCUGUCGCUACUUCCACCGUGCCAUCAACUGGCAGAAGCUGUACGAGGUCGGCUUCAGCCCGCUGCCUGCCAACAGCAAGCCUCAGUUCCAGAUCCGCAAGUAUGCGCUGUCCGACAAUACGUCGACUAAGGGCCUGCGCGAGCUGCAGGAGAAGGACAUUGAGCAGGCGAGCGCCCUUCUGGACAAGUACCUCGCCCGCUUCGAUAUGGCGCCCCAGUUCUCCAAGGAGGAAUUCAAGCACUGGUUCCUGCAUGACAAGGAGAAGGGCGGCGAGCAGGUCAUCUGGACCUACGUUGUUGAGAACAACGGCAAGAUUACCGACUUCUUCUCCUUCUACUGCCUCGAGUCUACCAUCAUCAACAGCACCAAGCACCAGGUCAUCCGCGCCGCCUACCUCUGGUACUACGCCUCCGAAAUCGGCACUACCCAGCCCCUUGACAAGGAGGCGCUCAAGCCGCGCCUGAACUCGCUCAUUGGCGACGCUCUCAUCCUGGCUAAGAAGCACAGGUUUGACGUCUUCAACGGCCUGUCCCUCCUCGACAACGGCCUCUUCCUGGAGCAGCAGAAGUUCGGACCCGGCGACGGCCAGCUGCACUACUACCUCUUCAACUACCUUGCGGCCCCCAUCGCCGGAGGCGUCGACAGACGUAACAAGCUGGACGAGGAGAACCUGAGCGGCAUUGGUUUGGUCAUGUUGUAA